GAGUCGUGUGCCGGGUUUCUUUCAACAGUGUGAAAAAUUGUGUGUUGGAAUGGAGAGGAUGGUAUGUCAAAAAACUGUUCACCUAAUGACUCUGCAACACGAACGAAUUUCGGACUGAGCCUGGGAAAUGAGGUGUGAAGAUGAGUUGUUCACCGUCCGCCCGCACUAUAAUCUGCAAUGAAAUAUUCGAUGAAAACAGUCUUCCAUCUGAAGAAGAGGUUCACGACUACGCAGUGAAGAUCGGCAUCGAUCCGGAUAGCGAGCCGCAUCUGCUGCAUCUGGCGCGGGAUGGUCUCAUGCAAGCGCUACCGCCGGGUUGGAAGCCGUGUUACGACGAGGAGUUGCAGUCGUGGUACUACUUCAACUUCAAGACCGGCGAGUCUCGGUGGGAGCACCCGCUGGACGACGUGUAUCGUCGGUUGGUGGUGAAGGGCCGCUCGGAGAGCAUCAGCUCUGCAGGAGAGGAAGACUCGAAGACGUCACUGAAAGAAGAACUGAGGAGCUACGAGGAAGGGUUGGGUUCUGAAGGACUGGGCAGUACAGGUGCAAAACCAACUGGCAUCACCUACUUAAAGAAGAGCUCCAUACAACUGGCACCACUGAAGAAAUCACCCCUGUCUCCAGUUGUUGCACUUCCUGGUACCAUGGUAGCUACCGGUGGACGGGUUCAAACAGCAAUGCCAGGCGGGCGUGCCGAACCACUGAGAGUAGACCUCCGCUCACCUUCUGACAGGGAGGUUCUACCACUUAGCCGCAAUCGAAUCGACAUCGACAAAAUGGGAGCGGCGACGUUGCUCGGUCGCCCGUCGCCCGGUCCCAUUGACAUCGACAAGAUGAGUGUGGCACCCUUACUGGGAGAGAGUGGGGACGGCACGGCGACGGUGACGCCUGCAUCCCGGAGGUCGGCUCUGCCCCCGUCUGCACAGGAGAAGCAUCCCCGCAGUCUCGUCCAGCAGGGCCGUGGGGAGCUCAAGCUCUCAGGUGGUGGCUCAGUUUUCCUCAAAUCUCGCCAACAACAACACCAGCAGCAGCAGCACCAGCAGCAACAAGCUGCAACAGCAACCACACCUACAUCAGAAGACAUUCCUGCUCCGGCAAGUGGCGCGGGUGGAUCGGGAGACGAGUCUUCCGUGCGACGAGGCAUUCUUCGAGAGCAGCGGUCCGGCUCCACUGAGACCAGAGAUGACUCAGCACGGUCCAGCACACCACUGUGGGAGAUGAACCCGGCACACAUGACAGGUGAACAGAAACAGCAGUGGAGGCGGCAAGAGCUGGAGGACGAGCAGAGAAAGAGCGUGCGCUUCAAUCUCCUCGACUCUGCCGAUCUGGACAUCCGAUUUCAGACAUCUGACAACGAAAAUGAUGAAGAAAAUGGGUCUGAGGACUAUGAAGAAGAGAGAAUAGAGAACAAUAAAGAAGAAACUUGGGAUUCAGAAGAGGAGGAUGAGAGAAAAGUAGAGAAGAGCCCUACACCCAUGAAGAAAGUUACAGUUUCUAUUCCAGAUGUUCGACAUUCAUCUGCAGACUGUAGGGAUGAAGAGAAGGAAGACAUAUCUAUAAAUGAGGAUUUGUGCCCCAUAGACAACGAGUGUAAAUUGGAAACACAGGUUGAACGAGUGGAACAUGCAUCGGAAUCUAUAUCUGGUGAACCUGUAAUGGUUUCAGAGACUCGUGAUGGACGCGAAGUCCCCGUUCGAGAAACUGACGCUAGUGUUAGUGAAAGGGACGGAGAACGUCCAGUGACGUGGAUGGCAGAAGUGAGUGUUGUACAGUCAACUGUGAUAUAUGACCAGGCACCUGAAAACAAUAUAAAGGACAAUGUAGCUAAUGAAGACACUGAGGGUCAUGGAGCAGCUGUGGUCAAGGAAGAACAACAGGUGGAGGAAAUGGAAGAAGUAGAGGAGGAGGAAGAGGAGGAGGUGGAAGAAGAAGAGGAAGAUGAGGCUGAGGAUGAAGAACAGGCAGAAUAUGUAAGUGGAAAAGAAGCCAAUCGAAGUGGAGAAACGGAUUCAAAGGAGCACAGUACAGGAAGUAAAGGGAAGGAAAAUGCUUUGAAAGAGGAACAAAAAGUACAAAGUAAGGUGCCAUCUGAUGAGGUAGAUGUUUCUGAACCCAAAGGAGCAGUGCACACAGAUGAGAUGGGCCAAAGUGAAGAGGACGAGGCAGCACGCGUCAUCGUCAAUGAUGGGGCAGGCGAUAACGACCUGUCCGACGGUGGCGGCGAGUCUAGUGCGGAAGGUGAAAGAGCUCCACCCGUGCCGAAACAUAAAAUUAUUUUACGCCGCAUACUCAUGCAGAGCGACACUGUGACAGAAAGUGAAGACAUGGUGAGUGCCAGGGAAACGGUGGCGCAGGAAGACGAAGCCGUGAAACGGGACACACCCGUCGGAGAGAAGUGUGACGCUUCGAAAGGUGAGGCGGCGGCGAAGGGUGAAGGUGUCUCCAGGAGCGACGGCAUCUCCAAGAGCGACCCUCUCACGCGGAGUGACAUAGGUACCAAAAGUGAAGGUCUCUCGAAGAGUGACCCACUUACGAAAAGUAGUGAAGGUGUCAGUGCAAGUGAACGAGUUAUACGAAGUGAAGAAGCAGACGGGGCAGCUCCGGAAAUACCUGCCGCAGCACAGGACGCUGGUGGGAAGGAAGCAGGGAAGGGAGAACCGGCAGCAGCACUGAGCGAGAGGACUACGCAGAGCGAAGCCUCCGAGGUGACGGCCCAGAGCGACGAGUCGAGCCGCGAGGAGAGGGACGAGCCGGUACCGAGCGCCAGGUCUCUGCCGGUGGAUGGAAAAGCUGCGGCCAGUCCUGUCAGGGCAGUGCACAGCGAAGAAGCAGGAGGCAACAGUGCUGCAGGACUAGCCCUAAGUAGAAGUGAGACUGUAGAAACUUCACCGGAAAGGGACAUGGCCAAUGGAACUGCAUCAACAUCUGACAGCAGUCCACUCCCAAAACUGGUUCGGGAGGGCCAGGGGAAGCCGGAAGACACGGUAGCGUGCACCACGACCGUGACCACGACCACCAGCAGUGGGACCAGCAUCGACGUGGAUGUGAGGAAGGAGGCGAACCUGCGGCUCAAGGAGAGGCUGCAGGAGAUGGAGCGGCAGGCGGCCGAGACUGUCCGGCUGCACCGGGAGAAGCUUCAGGCGCAGGUGGAUGCUGCUGUACAGGAGCUGGAGGCGGAGCAGGAACAAAGACUUUCAGAGCUGGCUGAACGACUGGCACUAAAGGAAGAAGUGGAACGAGAGAGGAUUAUCAGUGAAUCCCGGUGUCGACUGGAUGCUAUCAGGGUCAACACAGAGCAGCAGGAGCGUAUUCUCAGGGCAGAGUGCGAAGUGAGGCUGCAGCAGCUAGAAGCAGACUGCAGGGCACGGCUGGAGGCGUCGCAGCGGGCGCGCGCCGAGGAGAUGGCGAGGAUAGAGGCGGAGGAUGAGGCGCAGCUGCGGGAGGCGCGCGCACGGCUGGCUGCCAAGCAGGCGGAGCUGCAGCGGCAGGUGGACGCUGCGAUCGCCGAGAGGGAGGCCCUCCUGGCCAAGCACAGGAAGGAGUUAGCUGACCUGGAGAAUGAAGUGCGGCCAGAGCAGUUGUCGGAGGAGCACAGGGAAGCCUUGGAGAAGCUGCGUGCAGAGCAGGAGGCGGCCCUCGAGAGGAUCAAGGCGCAGUUCCAGCACGAGGAGGAAGCUGUGCGACAAGAACACGCAGAACGUUUGGAAGAGCUCAAAGUCCGUUUGGAGCUUGAGCGUCAGAGACUGUGGGACCGAGGUCUAGUUGAUGACAAUGAAUCUGCAAGACAACAGCUAGUUGAAACCUCAAGGGUCUUUGAGAAACUGCGUUGUGAGAAACGAUUGUUGGAAGAUAAGUACAGAACCUUGAAAGAGAAGUACCUGCGACUGAAAACAGACGUGAAGAUCUCAAUGGAAAGGAGAAAACGGCGGGAAGCUGCUUUGAAUUCUGGUGGAACGGGGUCAGAUUCGGAGCGCAUCGUGUCCCAGCGGGCUACUGGCACAUCAGGCCCUGUGUUUGAAAGGUCAAAGUCUCUGAACACUGAGAAAUCACGGUCAGCAGCAGACCGCCAGCGCCAACUCUCGACGGCGGCGGAAGACACCGUCAUGGCGAACCGCGGUGGCAACGGCCCGGCCCAGCAGCAGACGCAGGCGCAGCCAGGGGCGGGCAAGUUGCUGACAGGUGAGGCGAGAGAUGCACACAACAUAAAUGACAUCAAUAAAGGAGGCACCAAUGGGAGCAGCAACAACAACAACAUCAACAACACAGCUGGCAACAACACCAACUCCAACACCAACAAUAACAGCACUCGGCGGCGGCGACAGCUGUUCAGUCGACACCACAGCACCCCGACAGCGCGAACAACUAACAAUAAUGCUGCCAACAACAACAACAAUAUAGCACACUCUAUUGACGUCGACAUUGAUGGUGAGAUCAAUGGUGAUGGUGGCAGAAGCUGUUCGCCUGUUGAAAACUUGCGCCGCCAGCUGCGGACCCUUGAAGACCUCGAAGACCAGUUCCCAGCUGCUAGCCACACAGACACAUAUCUGCGUUACCCUUUCUCUGACACAGGGAAGUUUGGCAGCUCAGAGCUUGAGUUCUUCCGACACCGCAUUCACCUAGAACGGGACUCGGUUCGUCGAGCUAAAGAUUUUUUGCGGAUGCAGCGAGAUAGUUUCCAGGCUCGACAGAAUGAGCUGAGGCAGAGGCAAGAAGGGAGAGGACCAUCUGCGAGGUCUAUGCUUGAUCAGUUAUAUAAGGAGGAGCGGGAGCUGACGGACAUGGAGGUGAGCCUGCACCGCACCAAGAGCCUGCUGGGGGAGAAGAUCAUCCGGCUGCGCCACCUCGAGCAGUCCUUGCAGCGGGCCGGUGAGAUUGCACCCGACGGCCAGGUGGACAACGCACAUCCUAUCUCCGGUGGGCCAGGAGGGACGACACUCAGUGACCUCUCAUCUCACAGUGGAAGCUCUGGGUUCAGUAGCACAGAGCUUGCAACAGACACACAAGGUCAAGUUAAUGACAUGACUCGCAGAGGCGCCCACUAUCAGGAGUCGACAGAGAUCAUUAAGAGCCUGGAGAACCUUAACACUGAGAUUAGAGAGAUAUGGGAUGUCCUCAACAAGCAGCAAAAGGAUGGAAAUAUUGCAUCAAACAGCCUGCCACCUCCACCACCUUUGGCGUACACGUGGGUGCCUCCCGUUACGGUGCCGGUGGCAGUUCCCGCGUACCACCACCCACCACCACCAGCUCAGCUUCGGCGCUACGGAGGAGUACCCGACACCACCCCCACUCAGUCGGGCCUCGACCGUUCGCUCGUGGAGCGGACGCGCAGCCUGAGGGACUGGUUGCGGCAGGCUCGACUCGACGGAAAUGCGGCACGGGGCGUGCCUCCAGGGCCCGGCCAGACCCGUGUCACGACCGCUGCUAUCUGAGCUACUCAGCUCAGCUACCUCGUUCCCUGUCAAGUGGCAACACAUUCUUAAGCACAACUGUACAGUUUGCUGCUCUCCACAUACUGCAAUAUUUCCAAUUUAAAAUCAUCUUAUGUUCAGAGAUAGGAAGUAACUCUUACUGCAGCCAUAUUCAAACCAAUUUAGUUGUAUGCUUGCGAGCAGUAGACAACUGUUCCACCCGCCACCCCUUCCCUGUCAAUUUGCUCGAGAGCUCGUGUUUUGUUGUAACUUUUACAAAAAUGAUAUUCUCUCUGCAAAAAAUGGCCACACUUGGGAGUAUAGUAUUACUGCCUACUGUUUUCACCCUACUCAUCUAGACAAACACUCAUGUACUAUCAGUCGUAUAUUGAGAGUUUUUUUCUGAAUGUAGCACAAACAAUAUUGAAUGCAAGACAUUAUUAGCAAAUAUUAUGUUUGUGUCACACAAAAUUAAACGUGUAUCAGUUGUUGAACAGUGUCAAAAAGUUAGAGAGUUUUAUAAUAUCAUCAAGUUAACAAAUGAUAUGUAACAUUUGUAACCUGCUUCUUGUGAGAUACAUUCCCUAUUCCCAUGAAAACACAGUAUUCUCAUUUAUUCAAACUUUGCACAUGCAAGAGUAUCAAAAAACACUGAUGUUCUGGACUUCUACAAGUGAACAAAAUGAAGUGAAACCUUUCACAGAAAGGUGUUUCUGUUAAUGCAGGAAAUACCAGAACAAUGGGUCAUGUUUCCAUAUGAAACAUUUUACAGGGUUCUGUUCAGUUUUCGUGUCAGAACAUAUUUGGUGUUAAUAUCAAUGUCAUUCAGUCCACAAACUGUUACUGAAAAAGUACAACAAGAUGAGAAAGGCAAUAUUUAGUAAACUUACAGGAUGGAGAUUUAAUUAUUUGAAAUAUGGCUCCCAUUACAAAAUCUCUUAACAUCUGCUAUUUCAGGGAGUUUGACCUGAGUUAUGCUCUUCCCAGCUAAGCAGUGUAUAAUCUCUUAAAUUCUAUGGUGCUAGAAAUCCUUCAUUCUUAAGCUUCACAUAUUCUCUCUCUGAACAUAAAUGAAAUGUUUUGAUGGUUCCUAAAUGUAAUAAGCUGUUUGAAGCACCAGCUUUGUAGCAGCUAAACCGAAAUUGUUUUUCUAAAGCUCUUUGGGGAACGGGGGUUUCAGGACUGCUGUGCAAAGGUCUGCUCAAUUUCGGUUUCUACUGAAUGACAAGCUAUUUUUUACAACUUGCUAGCUUUCAAUAGGAGCAUCAUAGCAGGAAGUUAUAAGGAAAGAAAACAUAACAAGCCUGGAAAGUGUAUCGCGUUUUUGAAAAAUAUAAACAGCACAUUUUUUGUGAACUGAGAACAUCUGAAAAGACUGCCUGUACCAUUUUAGUCUCCUUACAUGUAAUAAAACAGAAAACUUUGUCAUAAAGAAGGAAAAAUUUUGGUAAUGAUGUUGACCUUUGCUUUCUAAUACAGUCUGCAGUGAUGUUACAGGGUAAGUGUUGAAUGUACAUGAAAUGUUACUCAUUUAAAUGUCGUUGCAUGACAUACAUGACUACAUUUAUGUUUAUAUUUGAACUGAAUGUGGUUUUAAUAUUUAAUAAUGUAGCAUUACAGUUCUCUCGUGGUACCACUAAUUUUAUUUCAGCAAUACUAAAAGUUACAUGUGUGUUUUCCCAAAGCAUUAGAUUAAUUUACCUAUUCUUGCAUGGAAAACUAUUGUUACUAUAGCUUAAUGUUUAUCAUCAAAUAGUUCCUCAAGUAAUCUUCCUCAAGCAACAAGAAAGAUUUUUGCUUGAUUCUAGUGUCUGGCGUUAUUUCCCGUCCAAACUUUUUAUAUCUCAAAAAAUGCAAAGAAAAAAAUGUUAUUUUAAUGUGUGCGUAAAGCACUGAUAGAGUGAAAAAAUAAAUAAAAUUCCCAAAUCCUUACCCCUGCAAAAAGAAAAUAAGCUGCAGGUAUAGUAAUGUUUAAAAGUUCCCAUCUGCAUGUGCAAUUUCCUUAGUUCUCCAAUAUUAAUUGAAAUAUGUCAGUUUACUUACAAAUAAGACUAUAAAAACUUGCUGUACACCAGUGCUUCCUAUAUCUCUAUAAAUCACAAUCUCACAUCAAAAGACUAACAUCGAACAAAGCUACUUGCUAGAGAAAUGCAUGUAAAACUAAUGCUGUCUUUUGUAGAAGACAAACAAAAGUGCUGCAGCUUAGAAUCAGAUGGAAAAAAUAACCACUUAAAACUAUUUUUUCUCUCUCUUCAGUGAAUUACUGUGCAUUCUUCCUUUUUUAAAAAAGUAGGAAAGGUAAGUCAAUAUAUGCUCGUCGUCCGGUAUAUAUUUUACUAUAGAUUUAGUAAAUUAAAUGUAUACACAUUUCAGUGUAUGCAGAUGACUGAUUAUGUAAGUGGAUAUGAGCUGUGACAAGAAGUACAAGUUGGUGAAAGAAUCUGGUCUAAUGGUGUGCCAUAAAAUAUAAAGUUUAUGAUCUCAAGGAUAAAAUGAUUUAAAUAAACAAAAAAAUAUAUUCUCUAAAGUCAGCAUGUAUUGCUGAAUAAUCAAAGCAACUGUGAUUUCUGCAUUUGCAAUAUGGCUGGCAUUGUUUGCCAUUCAGAUUCCCUAUUUUUCCUAAGUUUCUCAAGCCUAAGAGUAUGAAUUGCAGACUUUUGUAUUAUUCAUAAACAAUUACUAUUUAAGUUGCACAAUCUGCAAAAGCUAGCAGAAUGAUCAUGAAGUGUAUUAAUUUUUUAAACAAUGUUAAUAUAUUCAUUCAUUCUAACAGUUUAUCUCUGUGUAUACAAUUGUUGAAAUGUUUAACUGUACGGGAGU